CCCCGCCCCGCGCCGCCUCCCCCCUCCUUCAAAUUUGCGUAGUAGCGUUGGUUCCACGCCCUAUCGCCCCUGUACCCAAAUCUACUACCGACGCACCUCUCACAACGCUCAAUCCAAUCGCGAGCCGCCCGCAACCCUAACCCUAGCAACCGCGAGUGAUGGCGCGCCCGAGGGGUAAGAAGCGCACGGCGUCCCAGGCGGCCGCCACUGAUUCGGUCGAGCUGGAGGCCGCCGCCGGUGCUUCGAGCAAGCCGGAGGCGGCGGCGGCGGAGCCGGCAACACGGGGGCGGGGGAAGCGCGUCAAGGCGCCGCCCAAGCCCAAGCCCGAGACGGACUACUUCCCUGAGAAGAGAAAUCUGGAGGAUCUCUGGUUAUCUGCUUUCCCAGUUGGUACUGAGUGGGAAAACAUUGAUAAGAUAAAGGAGUUCAAUUGGAGCUUCGAAAAUUUAGAGAAAGCCUUAGAAGAAGGGGGAGAGCUUCAUGGGAAGACAGUUUAUAUGUUUGGAAGCACCGAGCCCCAGCUACUGGAUGUUAAUGGAGAAUCAAAGAUAGUGCUUAUUCCAAUUGUAGUUGUUGUAGACUGCCCUUUCCCUCCAUCAGACAAAAUUGGUAUAAACUCAGUCCAAAGGGAAAAUGAGGAAAUCGUGCCAAUGAAGGCGAUGAAAAUGGCAUGGGUGCCUUAUGUUCCACUUGAGGACCGGCUUAGCAGGAUUGACAGUUUAAAAACAAAAAUAUUCACUCUCGGAUGCACACAGCGAAGGUCUGCGCUGAAGCAUCUCAAAAUUGAGAGAGUCAAGAAGUUUGAUUACUGCAUGCCUUACUAUAUGCCUCUACAACCUCUUGAAGAUGAGGAUGACACAGUUAUCAAUUUCUUAUAUCCUCUAGAACCCCCGAUAGUAGAUGAGUUCGACUGGGAAAUGGAUGAUUAUGAGGAUUUUUCAGAUCAGAAAGUGCAAGAAGGUAGCCUGCCAGAGGGCGAGAAAGAAAAAUUCAAGGAGUUCCUCAAGGAGAAGGUUAGAGAAAGGAAGAGAGAGCUGAAACAGGCUAAAGAAGCCAGGAAGAAAGCUAUCGACGACAUGGAUCCUAAAAUGAAAGAAGCAUUCGAGAAUAUCAAAUUUUACAAAUUUUAUCCUGUAAAAACCCCAGACACACCUGAUGUAAACAAUGUAAAGGCUAGGUACAUCAACAGAUACUACAGGAAUGCCCAUUAUCUGAUGUAAUGGCUUUCCUGAUGACCUGAUCUCAUGUGCUUGGCCAGCAUGUCAUUUGAGGAGUUGAUAGAAGAAGAUUUUUGAAACCCGGGAGGAGAACAAUUUGGUGACAUCUUCGAAUGUGGUCUUACUGUUGUAUUGUACUAGAGUUGCCCUCAGGUCUCAGGUUUUCAUUCCCUUGGGCAUCUUCUUUCACUGUACGGUGUAUACAAUCCUGCAGGAUAGAUUAUUGUGUAGCAUUCAGAGGGUCAAGGUAGUUUUGAGACUAAACAAAUCAUUAAGGAACAAUUUGUUCCAUUUUUAUCAUCUAAAUAGUGAAGCUUCAGCACAAGAUUCAUGAGUUUAACAUCGUUAUAGCACAGCCUGAUGGUUAUGU